AUGCAGAGUGAGACUUUAGCAGGUCCAGCAAAUUGGACAACAUUUGUAUGGACUUUACGGCGCAGCAGAUUUAUCAGCUGCAAGAAAGAUUCCGCAGUUCGAUUUCGCAAAACCUAUCCUCAUAUCUUCAACAAAAAACCUAAAAUUGGAAAUGAAAUUAUACUGACACUUCAAGCAUUCCGUAAUUGGGCUAUUGAGCGUGGUGUAACACCGAUGCUCUAUGCAGGCACCCUGCUUGGUUGGUACCGACAAUGUGGUAUCAUACCAUAUACACAUGAUAUCGACUUUACGAUCUUCAUUGAGGAAUAUUAUGACGAAUUUCCAGACGAUAUUAUGAAUAGUUCAUUUAUGAAGCUUAGUCUACGGUUUAAUAAGCCAGAAGAUUUAUUGGAAUACAAAGUGUAUAUAAAGAAUAGUAUUCCAAUGGAUAUCUUCUUUCUAUAUCAUGAUCAAAGCAAUUCCUGGGUUGGAGGUUUAUCUUAUACAACCAAGUACAGGUUUAUUUAUCCGUUGAUAAAUCAAACUUGCGGAACUGAUUUCCUUGGUUAUUUGAUGUAUGUACCAUGCGAUCCAUUAAGUCUUAUUAUGAGUGAACAUGGCGAAAAUUGGUGGGAACCACUUGAUUCCUCUAAAUAUUCAUGGAACGAAUCGCCACUAAAUGUAAGAGAAAUUGGAACUAUUCCACCUGAAGAUAUAGCUGAAUCAUUUAUAGAUUACGACAGUAUGGAAAUGAAAGCGACCGAUAAAGAAGGAUACAAUUCAUUGACAAAACGCAUAACAUCACAAAGUAUCUGA